CUGAUCCCAGAAUCGAUCGCCUGAACAAGCGCCAUCGUUGACAACAGCCCAGGCAGUCAGAUACUUCACAGUUACGAUGGCUGACGCAGGGCAACAACGGGCGCUUACAACUGCCUUCGCUCCCCCACCACCGUUAUGGAAACACUUCACCCCCGAGAACAUCAAGAGACUGGAACAGAUCAAGAAAGAGGCCUCCAAAGGCGAAGAUGGCAAGCCCAAGAAGAAGAAAUGGACACCAGCCGAACUCCGCGAACUGGAUCUACCUCCUGAGCUGCGGUUUCUCGUACCACCAGCAAUUCCGACCUCCGGACAUUACAGUGUCUUCGGGGAGCUUCAAAGCUUGUCGACAGCUCUUCCAUCUCUCCAAGACCAGGGAAUCACACAGCUCUACCCCUCCACCCCGAGUGCCGAAGACGAUCGCCAAUCUCCAUCCGAACCAACGCGACCGUUAAACCACGCAUACUAUCUCCUCAAGAUCAGCAAGUCCCUACUUCUGAACUUUCUGGAGUUUGUCGGCAUCCUUUCUAUUGCCCCGGAACAAUUCGAGGCUAAGGUGGAGGAUCUGCGCAAUCUGUUCAUUAACGCCCACCAUCUUCUGAACCUUUACCGGCCACACCAGGCUCGCGAGUCGUUAAUCAUGAUGAUGGAAGAACAACUUGGUCGAACGAAAAAGGAGAUCGAGGAGAUGGACAAGCUCAAGGCAGAAAUUACGGGCGUUUUGGAGAGGCUAGAGGCCGACGGCAACGCUGCGCAAGCCUCGGCGCAAGCCGACAAGGAUAGCAAACAGAAUUCAGCUACGGAUGCGCAGGCCAUCGAGGACGCAAAGCUGAUCUGGGAUCUUCUGGACGAGAAGACCAAUGGCUGAGCAUGACUACCAACAGACUGCUUCCAGCAUUCUACGACCCGCAGCUUGACAAUUCCGAGCCAGAUGGUGUGACCGUACUACAGAUGGCAGUACGCGCUUAUCCGCUUCAAAGAAGAAUGAACUUGGGAUAUCGGUACUAUUCACAAUUACUGGCCAAGCUAUAUCAAGUCCGCGACAAGGAAUUCCCAUCGACCACUGGGCAGACGAGACCUGCACAACGCGCUGCGCGGUAUCCCCACAUCGAAUCACGGGCCGUCAUUCUUCCAUGGGAUCACGUGCCACACUAAUCUCUCCCGCGCCUUUAAAUUCCCACUCAUUUUUCCUUCCGCAGUUCAUCUUCACCGAUCACUUGGUCAAGGCUUCAUGAUGGCCCUACCUCCACAACACUCAGCAUAUUAGCGACUUGCAGUUACUGUACUAAUG